AGCAAGUGAGUUAAUUUCUCACUAGCUGUGCACUUGGUCGUGUGCGGUGAACGGUGACAGUGUUAACGGUUAGGGAAGCAACGGAUUCUGUCAAUUAAGUGCAUUCGUCAUAAACGCAAGCAGCGAUGGAACCCUUGGAUAUAGCCAUCACCGUGGUGAUGGUCCUACUGGCGAUCUACUUGUAUCUGGACAAAAAACAUUCAUAUUGGGCCGAUCGUGGCAUUCCGUUUGUCAAGCCGAAAUUUUUCUACGGCAAUGCUAAAGAUUUCUCCCGCUCGGUGCAGGUUGGGCAAGCAUUCCAAGAGUUCUACAAUGAGCUCAAAACGCAAUCGUCGUUCGGCGGGAUUUAUAUGUUCACGAGACCGGUCGCCGUCGUGACGGAUCUAGAGCUACUGAAGUGUAUUUUCGCUAAGGAUUUUCAAUACUUUCACGACCGAGGUAAUUUCUACAACGAGAAGGAUGAUCCUCUAGCGGCGCACAUGUUCAAUCUAGAGGGAAGCAAGUGGAAGAUGCUGCGCCAUAAAUUGUCACCGACAUUCACCUCCGGGAAGAUGAAGAUGAUGUUUCCAACGAUUGUGGCGGCGGGGAAACAGUUCCAUGAAUUUCUGUACGAGAAAGUUCAUCACGAGAGCGAAUUCGAGCUAAAAGACCUACUUGCACGAUAUACUACGGAUGUGAUAGGUAUGUGUGCCUUUGGAAUUGAAUGCAACUCGAUCAAAGAUCCAGAUGCGCAGUUUAGAGUUAUGGGACGUAAACUGUUUACAAAGCCGUUGGGUAAGCCGAAAUCAUUUUUGACGAACACUAUGCCCGCUGUCGCAAAAAUGUUGGGAGUAAAGAUUAUCCCGACUGACGUCUCAGAUUUCUUCAUGAAAGCUGUCAGAGAAACAAUUGAUUAUCGGCUUCAAAACAAUGUUCGAAGAAAUGAUUUCAUGGAUUUGCUGAUACAAAUGAGAAAUCCGGAUGAUACCAAGAGCGGUGAAGGGCUUUUGUCGUUCAACGAAAUUGCCGCUCAGGCCUUUGUGUUUUAUUUGGCUGGUUUCGAAACCAGUUCUACUUUACUCACUUGGACGCUGUAUGAACUCGCUGUGAACCAGAAUAUUCAAGAAAAGGGAAGGCAACAUAUCAAAGACAUUUUGGAAAAGCACAACGGGGAGAUGACAUACGAAUCUAUCACAAGUAUGAAAUAUCUGGAUCAAAUAUUGAACGAGGCUCUGCGUAAGUACCCGCCAGUUCCAGUACAUUUUCGAGUGACUUCCAAGGAUUAUAAUGUACCGGAUUCAAAAUAUGUGAUCGAGGCUGGCACCCGUCUGUUCAUUCCCGUUUAUGGUAUCCAUCAUGACCCUCAGAUUUUCCCCGAUCCUGAGAAGUUCGACCCGGAGCGAUUCAGUCCGGAAGAGGAGCAAAAACGGCACCCCUACGCGUGGACUCCAUUCGGGGAAGGUCCGAGGAUUUGUAUCGGGUUGCGUUUCGGUAUGAUGCAAGCCAGGAUUGGUUUGGCAUAUUUGCUGAACAGCUUCAAAUUUUCCAUCGGAGAAAAGUGCCAAGUACCGCUGGAGCUAGAUAUAAAAAGCUUUAUUCUUGCUCCGAAGGGUGGAUUGUGGUUGAAAGUUGAGAAGAUAUGAGAUUUUGUUCAUAGUUAAGUAGAUGUGAAACAAUUUCGAAAUAAAUAGUAUUUAUAUUUAGCCAA